CAAAACUUCAACCACAACAUUUCGGCUUCGGCUGCUUGUCGAUUAAGAAUUCAUCAGAUUGUUGAUCAUUUAAGGCGCGUUGAAAGACUGUGAUCCAAUUAUUAAUUUAUAAAGAGAAUUACAAUCAUUGACAGUCAAAGUAAACUAAUAAAAUGUUCUGUGUUUUGGACAUCUAUAAACGAAACCUUGAAAUUAUAUAUAAAACAACGUUAUGUUCCAAAGCAACUUUUGUAAUAAUCAUAACAACCAUUGCAGCUAUCGUCUUUCCGUUUAUCUUCGCAUACCGAAGUCGUGGAUUUUGGUUAAAACACGACACAUUCUAUGAACAGCCUAAUGUCCGCUUCAAAGGAGAAUACUUUUUUGUUGGCUUCACCAAUGAUAUUAGUAACGUUAUCAUCUGUAACAACAUUUACGACUUUCCAAAACUGAGAAAACUUGAUAAAUGCUCAACUUUUAAAGUAAAAGAAAUUGACAAAAACUACGAUGGAAAACCUGACACUCUUGAAUUUCAUAUGGAACUCACCUUUGCACCAAAUGUACAUUAUCUGCAACAUUUCAUAUUAAUUUUACCACUAGAUUACAGAUUACAAACAACAUGUCCAUUAAAAAUGCAAUCAGCAAUCAUUUUACAACAAACAAUCCUUCCAAGAGCUAAUCAUCUAACGAUAACAGCAAAUUUAAUGUUAAAACAAAAAGCUCCACUGCAUUGCUACCCAAAAGUGACUGAUAAACUUCUUAAUAAUAUUAUCAUGAUUCAAGAAACACAUUCUUAUAAUGAUAACUUGGAUAACUUUAACGUUAACAAAAUAAUCAACAACUAUUUACAACGAAAUUUUACAACUCAUUUAUCAGAAAUCUACACAUCCUACGACUUAACAUCGGAAAACUUUAAGUUACACCUUCUUGUGGAUUAUCCAGAACAAGCUGUUUACUAUCGCCCCGGGUUUUGGCAGGUCUUAAAAUGGGCUUGGAUACAAUACCUAGCUAUUUAUAUUGCGUUUGCUUGGUUGAUUAACAAAAUACAAAACUACAUUUUUGAGAACGAUCUGGUCUUGGCCUACAAGUCUUUGCCAAGUACAUUAAUGCAACGAAUAGCAGACAGGAAGAAAAAUUACUAAUAAUUAUAUUAUGUAUUAAAAUGAUUAGGCACUAAACAUAUAAACAUAUAUGUAUAUUAUAUAUAAAGUUGUGUACUCUUGCACUAUUUUUAUAAUAGGAA